AUGACCUACCCUAUGGCUAGUGACAACUGUUUUGCAAUUGAUGUGGUGGACCAGUUGGUGGAGACAAAGACGCAUGCUGAAGACCCUCUUAAUCUGACUUUGGUACAAGAGGAGGUGGUGGAACAAGACGGUAAGGAAGCUUAUGAGUAUGCUUUGUGGCUCGAAUCUUAUGGACCGCUGAAUAGAAAAUACUAUGAAGAGUUAGGAGUCAUACCAACAAAGCCUACCCCAUCUACUGAAAAACCUCCUCAACUAGAGUUAAAAGUCCUACCAGAGCAUCUCAGGUAUGAAUAUUUGGGAGAAAAUAAGACACUUCCUGUUAUUGUGGCAUCUUCCCUAUCUUCUGUAGAGACAGACAAGCUACUACGGGUGCUAAGGAAGCAUACAAAAGCCAUUGGAUGGACUUUAGCAGAUAUUAAAGGGAUCAGCCCUUCAACUAUAGUAAAUGGUGAUGGGUACUCAGGGUAUCACCAAAUAGCUAUAGCACCGGAGGAUCAAGAGAAAACAACAUUCACAUGUCCAUAUGGUACUUUUGCUUUUCGACGAAUGCCAUUUGGGCUGUGUAAUGCUCCAGCAACAUUUCAGAGGUGUAUGAUGGCCAUAUUUUCAGAUUUAAUAGAAAAGUACAUCGAGGUGUUCAUGGAUGAUUUUUCAGUGUUUGGUUCAUCGUUUGACCAAUGUUUAAGCAACUUGGAAUUGGUUUUAAGAAGGUGUGAAGACUCUAAUUUGGUGUUGAACUGGGAAAAGUGCCAUUUCAUGGUUACAGAAGGAAUAGUGCUCGGGUUCUAUAGAAGAUUUAUCAAAGACUUCUCCAAAGUUGCCAAACCGCUAUCCAAUCUUCUCGCUAGUGGAGUACCUUUUGAAUUUGGGAAAGAUUGUCUUGAAGCAUUCCAGAUUCUCAAGGAUAAGUUAAUCUCAGCACCGAUCGUGACUACACCAAACUGGGAAUUACCUUUUGAAAUCAUGUGCGAUGCAAGUGAUUAUGCCAUUGGAGCAGUUUUGGGACAACGGGUUGACAAGGUAUUCAGAACCAUUUACUAUGCAAGCAAAACCUUGAAUGAUGCUCAACUGAACUACGCUACUACAGAAAAAGAGAUGCUAGCUAUAGUGUUUGCAUGUGACAAAUUUCGACCCUACUUGAUUGGCAAUAAAGUGAUAGUGUAUACAAAUCAUUCAGCAAUCAAAUACUUGAUGACUAAGAAGGAUGCUAAACCACGACUGAUUCGAUGGGUUCUUCUUUUGCAAGAAUUUGAUCUAGACAUAAAAGACAAGAAGGGUACUGAAAACUUGGUGGCAGAUCACUCGUCAAGACUAGAGCUGGAAGAAAGUCAGAAUACGAAAGAGGUACAAAUAAAUGAACAAUUUCCCGAUGAACAACUCUUUAGUGUGAGGGAAAGUCUUAUGGUACCAUGGUAUGCUGAUUAUGUUAACUACUUAGCUGCCAAUAUCACUCCUCCUGAGCUAUCUCGCCAACAAUUAAAGAAAUUCUUUUCCGAGUUGUUUGAUGUAUGGGGGAUAGACUUUAUGGGUCCUUUUCCUUCAUCAUUUAGUAAUCUAUACAUUUUACUAGCUGUGGAUUACGUAUCAAAAUGGGUAGAAGCUGCAGCAACACCAGGUAAUGAUGGAAAAACAGUUCUUCGGUUCCUUCAGAAGAAUAUAUUCACACGGUUUGGUACUCCCCGAGCGAUCAUAAGCGAUGAAGGGAGUCAUUUCUGCAACAAACAGUUCGAAGCACUUCUUUCAAAAUAUGGUGUUCGUCAUAGAACUGCCCUCCCCUAUCAUCCGCAAAGUAAUGGCCAAGCCGAGAUUUCUAACCGGGAAAUAAAGAUGAUUCUGGAGAAAACGGUGCAGAGAUCAAGGAAAGAUUGGUCAAGAAAGUUGGAUGACGCAUUGUGGGCCUACAGAACAGCGUUCAAAACGCCAAUCGGGAUGUCACCAUAUCGGUUGGUGUUUGGAAAGGCGUGUCAUUUACCGGUGGAGUUAGAACACAAAGCUUAUUGGGCAAUGAAAACUCUGAACAUGGACUUAAAAGCUGCUGGGCAGAAAAGACUACUACAGUUGGAUGAGUUGGAAGAAUUUCGAAACGAAGCUUAUGAGAACGCUAAGAUUUACAAGGAAAGAACUAAGAGGUGGCAUGACCGAAAUCUAGUCAGAAAGGAGUUUCAACCUGGUCAACAAGUUCUACUCUUCAACUCAAGACUAAAGUUGUUUCCUGGUAAAUUAAAGUCAAGGUGGUCAGGGCCAUUUACGGUGAUCAAAGUGUUUCCCUAUGGAGCAGUGGAACUAAAAGGUGAAGGUCCUAAUACUUUCAAAGUGAAUGGGCAGCGAUUAAAGCUCUACUUGGGAGGUCAAUUUGAUCAAACCAAGUCCGCCAUGAUUCUGGCGCCACUGUGAAGAUCUCGAUCAACGUCUAGCUAAGCGACGAUAAAGUUAGCGCUAAUUGGGAGGCAACCCAAG